AUGGAGCUUCAUGAAGCUGAGCUUGCUGUGAGACCGGUGGAUCCAAAAAUGAUAAGUAGACCAAGAUAUGCGGUAAUGAACACCGCAAAGGGUCCAAUUACUAUAGAAAUAUACAAAGAUGCUUCUGCUGGUGUUGUGGAUAGAUUUAUCGACUUGUGCAAGAGUAAUCAUUUCAAAGGAAUGCCAUUUCGGCAUAUCAUAAAAAAUUUUGUAAUUCAAGGAGGUGAUUUUGAUUUUGAUGGAGCUGCCCAAGAAUGGAUAACGAAAGCUAAAGCUAGUGGGAAAAAUGAUCUCAGUCCAAAACAUGAGGCAUUUAUGAUUGGGACUGCAAAGAAUCCUAAUAACAAAGGAUUUGAUUUGUUUAUCACGACCGCUCCAAUUCCUGACUUGAAUGACAAGCUUGUUGUAUUUGGGCGAGUUAUCAAGGGAGAGGACAUCGUUCAGGAGAUUGAAGAAGUUGACACUGAUGAACAUUAUCAGCCAAAGGCUGCCAUAGGCAUCAUCAAUAUCAUGCUAAAACAGGAGCCUUGA